CUUCUGUCAUCCCUGACAACCGAGUAAUCAAAGUGAAGGGAAUUACUAGAACAGAUUGAGCAAAAGUUGGUGUAGGAAUAACAGCGCGAUGGUCAUCGCUUGAUCCGUUUUCUGAUUGGAUUUUAAAACAUAAUGGAUAUAACAGAAAUCUGAAAUGAACAAUCCCGUAUUUGGUAUCUUAAACCUAUUUAACUUAGCCGUAGUUAUUUUGUCGGGAGAAACCUGAAAGCGUAUACAACCAAAUAAAAACAAAAACAUGUUAGCGUUAAGCUAGCUUGUGCCAACCUCGGACUAGCAUGUGUGGAAUAAGAGACACAAGGACGCAGUGAUGACAAAACCGAUGUAAACCGACGGACUAUGAGCUCAGUUGAGUCUCAAAACAACUUCACUUCACGUACGAAGAGUAUAUUUAUAUUUUAUCGCCCGUUGGGAAACUUCGAAGCUGGCCCGUAAACACCAAGAAGGUGUGGAAAGACAGGAGGGUGAAUAAACGAUGACAGGAUUUUCAUUUUUAGAGGCAAUGUCACGUGAUGGAUGGUUAUGAGAUUUAGCAACCAUACAGGAGAACCAUGGAACAGGUUGAGCAACCUACCUCAAAAACUAAAUGUGAUGGUCCAAUAGACGUUGUGGCAGCCCAGGAGCCCCUCGUGCUCACAGGAGUUACAGAGGGCCAGUCGUCUCCACGGACAGACUUGAACCCUGUCAAGGUUCUUGAAGACUCAACAUGGAUGGCAGUGCAGGAGGGUGAGUCUGCAUCCUCAGACUGUGGAGGGAUGUCAGACCUACAGGAGCCAAGCUCAGCAUCGGGUGAGGAGGUGGAGGGUAGCGAGACGUCUGAUGCCACAGGAUUAGAGGUCUCACCCAGUAGCAAGGGAUCGUGGGGGGGCACUCUACAGAAUGGAGAUGGGACACCGCAGGAGAGUCCUCAACAGAAUAGUGACACUCCUGGAAAAGCUCAAAUGUUUCCAGAUCCGUCACAGACACCCCCUCUCUCGCUGUCAGACCAGUUACGGCUGGGUCGGGAGGACCCCAGUAGUAUGGGCCUGAACGUUGAGUGCCGCAUAUGUGGAGAUAAAGCCUCAGGAUUUCAUUAUGGAGUUCAUGCUUGUGAAGGCUGCAAGGGGUUUUUCAGACGCACCAUUCGUAUGAAGCUGGAGUAUGAGCGGUGUGAGCGUGCCUGUAAAGUCCAGAAAAAGAGUCGGAACAAAUGCCAGUACUGUCGCUUCCAGAAGUGUCUGGCAUUGGGAAUGUCACAUGAUGCGAUCAGGUACGGACGUAUGCCAGAGGUGGAGAAGAAGAAGCUAGUGGCAGGGCUCCUCGCUGGGGAGAAACUGCAAAGCUCUAGUGGAGCUGACCUCAAAACACUGGCCAAGCAUGUCAACACAUCCUACCUGAGGAACCUCAACAUGACCAAGAAAAAAGCACGGAGCAUCCUCACGGGCAAGACGAGUUGCACAUCGCCUUUUGUGAUCCAUGAUAUGGACUCACUGUGGCAGGCAGAAAACGGGCUGGUCUGGAAUCAGCUUAAUGGAGCACCACCCAACAAAGAGAUCGGUGUCCAUGUCUUCUACCGCUGCCAGUGCACUACAGUUGAAACUGUACGAGAGCUCACAGAGUUUGCCAAAAACAUCCCUGGCUUUGUGGAUCUCUUCCUUAAUGAUCAGGUAACGCUGUUAAAAUAUGGAGUCCAUGAGGCCAUAUUUGCCAUGCUCCCAUCACUCAUGAAUAAAGACGGGCUGCUGGUGGCCAAUGGGAAGGGCUUUGUGACGAGAGAAUUCCUGCGUAGUCUACGCAAACCUUUCAGCGAGAUCAUGGAGCCCAAAUUUGAGUUUGCGGUGAAAUUCAAUGCCCUGGAGCUGGAUGACAGUGACCUGGCUCUGUUUGUGGCAGCCAUCAUACUGUGUGGAGAUCGUCCUGGGCUGAUGAACGUGAAGCAGGUUGAACAGAUCCAGGAUGGCAUCUUGCAAGCUCUGGACCAACAUCUUCGGGUGCACCACCCUGACUCCCCUCAUCUCUUCCCCAAACUGCUCCAGAAGAUGGCCGACCUCAGACAGCUGGUCACAGAGAACGCCCAUCUGGUUCAGAUGAUCAAAAAGACUGAAUCUGAGACCUCCCUCCACCCACUUCUACAGGAGAUCUAUAAAGACAUGUACUGACGUGCAAGGACCUGACUGAAAAAUGGACUUUUCUAACUUUUCAGUUUCCCUCCUGAAUGGAGAGAGUGCACAAAUCUUAAUGGCGCUGCGCUCCUGUUGUUUUUUUUUAAUUAAAUUUUUGAAAAAGGACUUUUACAAUUAUUGACUUUGAAUACUGACAUUCUCUCUGAUUUUUGCGGAGUGUUUUUUUUAUUUAAACUCAAGGAUGCAGAACAUCUAGUCACCGUUUACUACUACUACUACCGUCAUGUUAUUCUUAAUUCGCUUCAUGAGGGCUAACACCUUUACAAAUGGUCUUUUCCAUCAUGGUUUAUGGUUUGCAAGUGAUAGCUAGUAUGUUUCUUUGAGGAGAACGGAGCACAGUCAAGCUCUUGUAAUGCCACUUACUGUAUGUGUUUGUAGGGCUUUUAUUUUGUAGUUCUUCUUUCCUCCUGAUUCUGUUUGAUUAGGCACUUUUGCUAAAGUAAAAGGUAGACUAAACACAAAAGUGUACAGCAGUCAGUUAUAUUAUUUUGGAAUUAUGUUACUUUGUUGAGGGUGUUGUUUUCAGCGUCAGCUUCUAAAAAAAUAUAUUUAUAUAUAUUGGUAUUGAAACUGAAGACAAAUGUUUAAUAAUUCACUCUUUGGGAUAAACCUACAACAGUGUGAUAAUUUCUGCUGUAUGGAAGGAAAUGUUUGUUCACAUGAUAUACGUUUAUAUAAUUCUUCUGUAUUGAUCUCUUUAGAUCUGGUACCUUGAUGGUACUUGUAUUUUAACAUACUGUCCGGUACCAGUCUUAAAGUCAUAUUUACUGAUUUGAGACAGGAAAUCAUUUAGAUCUCAAUGUCUCCUUUAUAAGCAGUUGUAUUAAAUUAGGUCUUCCAUUAUAUAUUGAUUGAACAUGUUUUUAUGAAUAUAUAUUGAGUGAUUGAAAGCAAGCAGGUUGUGGUUACAUUCAAACUAGAAUAUUAUGGUCAAAUUGAUGUGGAGUACACAUCUAAACUUAAAUUCAUUCUUUAAAUCAGAUGCAUUAAUUACUGAAUGACCAUGUCAUGAUAGUUGUAUUUACGUGGAUGGCAUGGAUUUUGAGUAAAUACUUGCAUUGUCCUCUAUUGAAGUAACUUGGACACCACUGAAGUUUAGAACGGGUCUUGUCAAAAACAGCGCUGAAUAAUUUGGGAAUUCAGUGUUUCCGCGUUAUAAAGCAGUUUUGAUGUUGAAUUACAUUAAUUGGUAUUGUUAUGAUGUGCAACACAUCUACCAUUUCACAUCCAGAAGUCUCUCAGAAAUAUCUGAAAUUUGCUUUUCUGAUCUGUUUAUUCAAGAUGGAACGUGAUGUCUGUGAUCAUGCAGAAACCUGUUACUGUGAAACUAGAGAGCACAAUAAUAUGAAAUUAUAAGAUUUUUUUUCUUUCCUUCUUAUUUUAGAAAUACUUUUUGUCAUCUAUUUUCACACCACAUGGUUACCAAUAUUGUUCUACCUUUCCAGUCUGGCCCAUUUCAGCAAUGUCUUGCUUCAUUGACAAGAGCGGACAAGAUGCACAAGUUUUGUGAUUUGUGGGAUAUUCUUUUGAUCACAGUAAAACAAUUCCAGACA